AUAUGUGAACUAACCAACCUUGGCAGGAAUAUAUAUGUAAGCAUUCAACUAUAAAUAUGCAAUUCUUCUAGCAGCUGAAUUCGUAUGUAAAGAGGAAGAGCAUUUUUGAAAGCAAAAAUAUGGAGGUAGAGCAAGUCCUUCACAUGAAUGGUGGAGAUGGAAAAAGAAGUUAUGCAAGCAACUCGCUGAAUCCAAGAGCAGUCAUUUCAAGGGUGAAGCCAAUAGUAGAUGCAAGCAUAGAGAAGCUGUGCUACACCCACCUCCCUACAGAGUGCUUGAAAAUAGCUGACUUGGGAUGCUCUUCUGGACCCAAUACCCUUUUUGCCGUUUCAAAUAUCAUAGACAAGAUUCAUAAAACCUGCAAAAAAUUGAAUUGGCAACCUCCAACGCUUCAAGUAUUCUUAAAUGAUCUUCCCGGAAACGAUUUCAACACUGUGUUCAAGUCAUUGCCAGACUUCUAUAAGAAACUUGAUGAAAAGAAGUACAUCGAACCAUGUUUCAUUGCAGGGAUGUCUGGUUCUUUCUACGGCAGGCUUUUUCCCAGCAAUUCUCUCCACUUUGCGCACUCUAGUUAUUCUCUUAUGUGGAUCUCUAAGGUUCCAAAAGGUUUGGUAACGAAAGGAGGAGAAGGACUGAACAAGGGGAACAUAUACAUAGCCAAGACAAGCUCACAUGCUGUGUUUAACGAAUACUUUGAGCAAUUCAAAAGGGACUUCACUGUCUUUCUGAGGUCUCGGGCACAAGAGCUGGUCUCGGGAGGUAGUAUGGUCCUCACAACCAUGGGCAGCAUACGGAGCAAUGAUCCCCUCAGCAUUUGGGAAUUUGUCGGAUUAAAACUCCAUGACAUGGUUUUAGAUGGUUUGAUUGAAGAGAAAAAAUUGGACACAUUUAAUAUGCCAUACUAUGCGCCAACAGCGGAUGAGGUGAAAGAGGUGAUCGAGGCUGAAGGUUCUUUUAUUUUACAAAAUCUCGAAACUUUUAGAAAUGACUGGGACUUUUACAUAAAACAAGUUAACUGUGGCUUUGACAAGAAAGCGAGGGCAGCAAUACUAUCCACUGACAUAAGAGCUGUGGGAGAACCUAUUCUGGCCAGCGAAUUUGGAGAAAAAGCCAUGGAUGAUUUGUUUUGCAGGUUUGAAGAAGAUGUUCUUGAUCACAUGGAGAAGGAGAACUGCCAGUUUAUUGACCUGGUUAUCUCGUUAACUAAGCAGCGUUGAAUAUGAAUUUGCUGCAUAUUGAUCUAUGUUUCAUUGCUUUGUUUGUAUUAGUAGUUUCCGUGUUUAAUUGUUUUGUAACAUAAGCUUUCUUAUUGUUGUGUGCAAGUGUAACGAGUGUAACACUUCUUAGCACUCGGUUUAAAUUCUGAAAAUUAUAUUUUGAUUAAAGGACUGCAAGUGUACCUAGCUAUAUGAACUCUAUGCCAAGUUUACACAAUGACCGUGCAUUUAUAGAGAG